UUGUGUCAAGUCUGGCUGUCAAGUUAACGCGAAACGUCACAGUAUUCUCUAAGUUUUAUAAAUGAAAACAUUUCAAUUUGAGGGAAAUUCGUAAAAUGUUCAGAAUAUUAUAUGUUCUCGAACUUUAUACUAUCUUAAACUUCGUCUAGUUCCCUAUGUUUUUACGGUCAAUUUUUAAACAUGUAUGCGUGAGAACAAUAAUGGUUCAUGUUUAAAUUUAGGGUGUACACAACCCAUUGUGAUAUCUCAUGGGAGUCAAAAUUAGUGUUUAUGUGUGGUGCUGUCGAGGUUUAUAGUUUUGGGACAGACUUUUGGUGUUAAAAAUGAAGUGCAACAUGAGAGUGUUGACGGUUUUGAUGUGGAAACAUGCAGUGGUCAGGGCGCGAAGGUUUAUCCACACAGCUGUGGAUCUGGCGUCCCCCUUAAUGUUUUUCAUCCUCCUAUUUGUUUUAAAAAGUUACAUAAAUAUGAAUCCUGAAAAUAGCAGAAGGGUGAAAGAUCCAGUGGCUAAUACGGACAUAAUACCGUUGUCGGAACUGAUGCCGGGGCCAUAUUAUGUCCUGUACACACCGGACACGCCGCUAACCAACUCGCUGAUGGACGAUGUGGGACCCAAGCUCAAUUUGCAGAGGCUGGACAGCUUCCCAGAUCGCACCAAAAAAGGCUACUUCGCAUACAAAAAUGAAUCUGAACUGGAACCAUUCAUACGUAACAUGGGUAUCUCCGAUGCCAUUAUUAUAUUCCAGAAAAUGUCCGGAGAAACAUGGCCGGAACGGUUGAACUACACCAUAAGAUUGAAACACGAAUUUCUAACGGGGACCUACAGUUCGCUGGACGAUUCUCCCGGGCCACACAGGAAUUUUGGUUUCAAAUAUGGAAUGUUCAUGCGCAUACAAUGGGCCAUCGACACCAGUUACAUCAAGCUGUUAACUGGCUCCGAAAUUACACAGAAUCUAUCGAUCCAAGAGUUCCCUUACUACGAGAGAUCUGUAAACACGGAUGUGGCCAUCGUGUGCAUAUUGUUGCAAGUGCUGUGCUGGUUGUCUCUCAUGCUGACCUUCGUGUUCCUCAUGUGCAGGCUGCUGGAGGAACGGUCUUCUGGCAUACAGGAACUCAUGAAGAUGGUAGGAGUAUCGCUCAACACUCUAGGCGUCACGCACUUUCUGAACAUCUUGCCAUGCGGUCUGGUAUUCGCCAUAGUCGGGAGCGUUCUCCUCAAAGUGACUGCUCAGCCGUUGAUACCGCAUACCAAUGGGUUCCUCAUAUUCUUGAUGUUGUUACUGUACUUUAAUAGUGUCGUGGCCUUGGCUUUUGCGUGCAGUUAUAUUUCUAAAGGCACACAUUACGCAGCCACUUUAUCAGUUUUGGCGUACAUACUGCUGUGGAUCCCGACGCGCGUGGCUUCGGAACACAAUAUUUCUCCAGCCCUGACCUUGCUGACGGGCUUCUUCCCUCACGCACCCAUGUACUGGUUCUGGGAUGAAGUGGCGAAUAUCGAGAUGUUUGGUGCCGGUAUAACCUUUAAGAACAUAGCAACGCGACACGACAAAGUGUCAGUGGCCAUAAGCUUUUUCUUCCUGAUUCUGCAAUCAGCGUUGUAUUACGUGUUCGCUUGGUAUCUGUCGCUCGUACGACCCGGACGAUACGGACAAGCUUUACCAUGGAACUUUCCCUUCAAGGCGUCCUAUUGGAGGAAUAAGAACGAGGUGAGACCUGAUGGUGACGAUGAGGAAGAGGAUCCGAUAGCUCACGACCCUCGGUACUUCGAGACUGCACCCUCCCAUAUGGAUGUCGGCAUCAAAAUCGUCAAUGUUUCUAAGGUGUUCGCGAAACAGGUGGCAUUACGUAAUGUCUCUCUGGAGGUGUACAAGGGAGAAAUCACAGUACUGCUGGGACACAACGGUGCUGGCAAAACUACACUCAUGUCUAUUAUCACAGGAAUGACAAGUGCCACAGAAGGCAAAGUGUACGUGAACGGCAAAGACACGGUCACUCAGCGCGAUGAAGUGCGACAGAACAUAGGCCUGUGUCCUCAACACAACCUCUUCUUCCCCAACCUUACUGUGCAGCAGCAUAUCAUGUUCUUCACUCUGCUUAAACGCGGCUCAUACAAACAAGCACUGGAGUCAUCAGUCACAUUAGCGACUCGGCUAGGGCUUCGCGACAAGCUGCAUGCACAGGCACACGAGCUGUCGGGCGGCAUGAAGCGCCGCGCCCAGCUGGCAUGUGCCUUAGCCGGCGGCGCCAGUGUGCUGGUGUUAGACGAACCCACCUCCGGACUCGAUGUGGAGACCAGGAGGGAGCUAUGGGACCUGUUGCUGGUGAGUUAUAUAAGCAACUGUCGGGCGGCAUGUGCCUUAGCCGGCGGCGCCAGUGUGCUGGUGUUAGACGAACCCACCUCCGGACUCGAUGUGGAGACCAGGAGGGAGCUAUGGGACCUGUUGCUGGUGAGUUAUAUAAGCAACUGUCGGGCGGCAUGUGCCUUAGCCGGCGGCGCCAGUGUGCUGGUGUUAGACGAACCCACCUCCGGACUCGAUGUGGAGACCAGGAGGGAGCUAUGGGACCUGUUGCUGGUGAGUUAUAUAAGCAACUGUCGGGCGGCAUGUGCCUUAGCCGGCGGCGCCAGUGUGCUGGUGUUAGACGAACCCACCUCCGGACUCGAUGUGGAGACCAGGAGGGAGCUAUGGGACCUGUUGCUGGCCCUGCGCGGCGAGCGCACGGUGCUGCUGACGACGCACUUCAUGGAGGAGGCGGACGCGCUGGGGGACCGCGUCGCCGCGCUGCACCUCGGCAAGCUACGCUGCUUCGCUAGCUCCAUGCAUUUGAAGAAGGCUGUCGGCACCGGCUACCGUCUAUCAUUCACCACGAUCGGCACUCCAAAAGACCAGGCAAUCACCAAAGUUGUGACCUCCCACGUUCACGACGCAACCCUUAAAGAGAAGACCAUCAACUCGUUAUCAUACAACUUACCCGCGGCCGCUAGUGCGAAGUUCCCUGCGCUCUUCACAGCUCUCGAGUCCAAACGAUCCGAGUUAGGGAUCGAUUCUAUCGGAGUGGGAGUUUCUACGCUUGAAGAGGUGUUUUUGAAGUUAUGCAGCGAUGUGGACACCUCAAUUAGUGAAGACGAAGUGGACAAUGUCCAUGAACCAGAAAGAACUCCAAUUCGGAUCACCGGUAUUCCCUUAUAUUUGCGGCAAUUGUAUGUGUUGUUGAAACGACAAGUCAAAUUCGCCUUAUACAAGAAGUGGAACUUCCUUAUUCUGCAAGUAAUACUACCAAUAAUCAUGAUAAUGGUUUUAACCGAUUUAUUCAACAACAAACUCAGUCAGCCUACAAGGGAACUGGACAUGAAUUUGGAUAUAUACGCCGACCGGCCGGAACGUCGCAUUUUGUAUCGAUCCGAUCUGCCCGACAUUUCAACCGAUGCUAUCGAACGUUCGUAUAAAAAGAUUAAGUUCGAAAAAGUUGCGAAUGUCGCUGAUGCUGCAUUAAGAACUGCUGAACAGGAUAUAUUGGAGUACAACAAGUAUUUAGUCGGAUUCGAAGUCAAUGAAACUGAUGCUAAGAUUCUAUACACAACGACCAUCCGUCACGCGGCUCCAGUAGCCCUGAACCUGCUCAGCAAUAUCCUGGCGACUCGCUACAUGUCGUGGGCUGACGGGCACAGCCUCACGGCUCGCAACGACCCCGUGCGUCGCCAGGAGGCGCCGGCGCCGACAGUCCCGCACGCGCCCAAGGACAUGGUCACUGCCGUCACUUGGUGCGUCUGUAUUACCUUCAUACUCCUAGCAACAAACAUAAACUGUGUUGCCCUACCGUGCAAGGAGCGUCAAACUGGCUCCCGUCACAUCCACGUGAUGUCCGGGUGUCCCGCGGAGCUGCACUGGAUGGCAACACUGACGUGGCACAUGUGUGUCUGUGGCGUGGCGCUCGUGUUGCCGACAGUGAUCGCUGCUGUGUUGUUCGAACAAGAUAACACGAUCAAUCAGCCUGACUUUAUUGGCACAUUUGCGCUGGUCAUGCUCUUGGGCAGCAUGUCGUUCUUCGCGCUCAUGUACCUGGUGAGCUUCAACUUCGGCGAGAGGUCCACCAGCAUCAUACUCGUGGCUCUCAUCAUUGUGUGCGGUAUAGUAACCCCCUUCAUGAAGGCCGGACAAGAAUUAUUCGAAGAAAACUACCGCGGCUUCACAUACUACCUACUUACCGUAAUGGGAUACAUAGCGGCGCCACACACGCUGACGACAGCGGCGCUGCACUGCGUCAACGUGGCGCGGCUCAACGCCUGGUGCCCGCUCGUGCGGGACAAGUGUCCUGCGCCAUUCGUUAAGGAGAUGGGCUUCGACGUGGCCAAGUGCUGUGCUGGCGAGAAGCCCCGCUGCUAUUUAUGCAUCGAUGACUAUUCUCCCGGGGAAGAAAUUAUCAUACUCUUUGUGCAGUUUACCAUUACCAUGGCAAUGGUAAUUCUAACUCAACGCGGCAUAUUCAACGGCGUCCGCGACAAGCUCGUGAACGCCCGCUACGUGCCUCCGCCCGUGCCGCAGGAAGAUGAGAUGGUGCGAGCUGAGAAAGCUUACGUCAGCAAGGCUAUUACUUUACCAACGAAGCAGAUACCGGACGCGAUGUUAGUUAACGACCUACACAAGAAUUACGUUGGAUUUCUGAAAAAAUGUAACGCUGUCAAGGGAGUCAGUUUCUCCGUCAAAAAAGGCGAAUGCUUCGGUCUACUGGGCGUGAACGGCGCGGGCAAGUCCACGACGUUCAAGAUGCUGACGGCGGAGAUAUGCCCCACCCGGGGGAACAUCUUCGGCAACGGAUACCAUCUCAAGCGGGGGAACUCGCAGUAUCUGCAAACCCUGGGCUACUGCCCGCAGUUCUUCGGGCUGGACAUGUUCCAGACUGGUGAGGAUAACCUGCGGCUGAUGCUGACUCUGAGGGGCUUCGACAAGCAGCUCGUGGAGGAGGAAGUUAAGACCUGGAUACAUAUCGUUGGUCUAGAAAAGUACGCGAAACGUCGCGUAACAUCAUACAGUGGCGGCUGCGUCCGUCGCCUCGGAGCCGCCGCCGCUCUGUGCACGCGGUCCUCCCUGGCCCUGCUGGACGAGCCCAGCGCCGGCGUGGACGUGGCCGCCCGCCGCCGCCUGUGGGCCGCCAUACGACGGGCAUUACACCACAAGCGAGCACUCAUCAUCACGUCACAUAGCAUGGAUGAGAUGGAAGCUCUUUGUAACAGAAUCGCUAUCAUGUCCGCUGGGACGGUCAGAGCUAUAGGAACACCGACUGGGUUGAGAGCAGCCCAUGCUCAAGGACAUGCUGUCGUCUUCAAGUUGAAGCAUCAAGAAGCACAAGAUGAGGUUGACGGCGCCAAAACUCACGUAGGCCGUUUGAAGGGCAAACUGCACGACAAGUUCAACUGUACUCUUAAAGACGAACAUAAGACAAUGCUGCAUUACCACAUAAACGAGACGAUGCGAUACAGCGACCUCUUUGCUCAACUAGAAGCGAUGCGGGCGGAGUUCCCCUCCCUCAUCGAGGACUAUUCCGUCACGGAGACCACGCUCGAAGAGGUGUUCCUCUCCUUCGCGAAGGAACAAGGCGCCCAUGACACUGUUUGAAUACUGAAGUAUGAUGGAAAGGUUUGGUGCUCUUUUAUUACUUUUUAGGGCCCGUGUUUCAUGUCUUCUUGUUUACAGAAGGUUGUUUAACCUAAGCUAUAGUCUAUAGGUACAUCAAUGGAAUGGUUUUUAACUGUGUGAUAGUCGAAUUUGUGAAAAGUUAAGGGUUAUCACAAAGGAUGGGGAAACUGCUUAAUUUUCUAGAUUUUGGACAUUUAAAAAUAUUGGUAAGGAGCAAACAGUUAGUUUAAAGCGAAAGAAAAAAAAUACUGCGAGUUCAUUUUCCAAAUUAAGAAAAAAUUAUGGUAGUUCACAACAAAAGGGCCCUAAAAAUAUAUAUGUACCAACAGUUUGAUGAUAAAAGACAACAAGAUCUAUUAUAUAUUUAGCGGAAUUUGUAUGUAUUUAUGCAAGGCAUGUAAAAUAUUACGUAUUGUAAAUAAUUUCUACCUAAUUAUUUAAGAGGCUAAAUACCAAAUGAAGUAUUAAAUACGGAGCCUUCGAUUCGUGAUAUUAUUAUACUUAAUAUAAAUCUGAUCUGCGUGUGAAAAAGACGGCAAAACCAAACAUUAGCUUAAAUUGGAUACACCACCAAUUUUGUAUUGAGAAUUUGAAUCCAGCUUUUCAAAGAACAUCAUAAAAGUUUACGUUUUCACACGUUUGGCAUGUAGCUUGAGUUUUGUUCUAAUGAUAGACAAUGUUGUACACUUCCCGCCAAACUUAAUGUCGGCUCGCAGCUAAGUCAUCACACAAGUACGCGCUUGUGGUUCAAACACCUCGCGCACUCUGCCUCCCGCUGCUGUCUUUAAAUUAUUUCGGAGCAGCGAUUCGGGCCGCCAAGACGUUUGGCGUGAAAUAUUGGUUAUAAAACCACUAGAAUUGCCUUUAGCAAAAUCAAAGAUAUAAAAGUAAGCUGUAGACAUUUCAGGCCAUUCUGAACUUCUACAUUCCCAACACAGGAUAUCUAGUCAAGAAAGAUAUAUUAUUUUUGUAUCAUCUCAUCAGAUUCAUUGUUUUUUUUUUUUUAUUGUAAAUGUUUUCAUUACCAUAAGUUACAAGAAGCAUUAUUGUUGCUCUCUACCAUUUGAGGUCUUUAAAAUUAUUGUUAAAAUCUAUUGCGCAUUUGUAAAAUAAUUGGAUUGUUAACUCCCAUGUUUUUGAGUUUACAAUCUACAUAAUGUCCACGUCGCUUAUGAUCGUGAUAAUGGUGGACUUUUAUAAGUUAUCUUAUCCAUAGCGAUUAGAAGUUGAAUUUUAAUAGCAAACCUAUGGAUAGAUAGGUUACAGAAAUCUGCAGUCUAAUGUGACUAAAAAGAUACAGUAUUAAAAAAUCACGUUUAUAAACCACUUUUGCACCUAAAUAUUAAUGGCAAAACAUACUAACAUAAUGGCAAAAAUACCUCAUUUUGUUUACACAAAUGGUGCAUAUUAUGUAUAAAAAGCAUGCAAUUGCUUCAUCGGUCGUAAAUAACCAAUUAAAAACAAGCUAUUUGUUGCUUGCGCAGUCGGGUAAAGGUAGUCGUUGAAUAUGGCUGUAGCCUUGUUUGUUGGUUGGCUAAGAACAUUCCGUCCAAAUACUUCACAUUCAUCUCAUAUUUAGGAAUAAUAGUUUCCAAGUUUUGUGGAAGCAAACUUACGAGUUUGUUGAUGCUAUUUUUUUGUUAAGUGUGAACUAUUUUAGGGACAUAUUGUGCCAGAAAAUCAUUUUAUUAUGGCAGCUCAGUUUUUACGUAUUGUUUAAAAUUAUGAAAAUAGUUUUUUUUAUAAUUUUUUAAACUUAAAAAAAAACUAAAAUUGUAUCAGACAUCGAAUAAUGUUAAAAGAACAUGAUUUCAGAAAAUAAACAAAGUUAUACCUAAUUGAAACCAAACACAAUAUCAUUUUGGUUUUAAGUGACAUUCUUGAAAAAUAUGUUCCUAAAUGGUUACACGUUGACAUACAAGUUGCUGAUUAAACUAACAUACCUACUAUGUUAUUUAUAUAAAAUUAAAAGGAGAGCUUUAGCAUUGUAUUGUGAUAUUAUGGUGAAACGCUUGGCAUAAAAGUGUAAAGUUGAAUCUAGAAUAUGACGAAAUCAUGCACUGAGUAACUAAAGUUAAUAACUGUACUAAUCCUAACUAAUAUUAUAAAUGUGAAAGUAACUCUUUCUGUCUGUCUGUCUUUUCUUCACGCCUAAACUACUGAACCGAUUUGUGCGAAAUUUGGUACAGACAUAGUUCGGAACUUGAGAAAGUACAGCGGACAGUAUUUAUUACAAAAAAAUAAGAAAAUAAUUUAUUCUGGACAUAAAGCGCCAUUUAUUGGUCAAACCAAAAAUCUGCCGGAAGUCACUAUUCCAGCAAUAGCUAGUGUUUAAUAAAAGUGUAAUUUUGAAGUAACGUCAACGCAGGUGGGGCAAUUCCGUAAAAAAUACAAUCAGAAAUAUCGGAAAAUUCUAGAUUCAAGCGUAGGGCAUUAAAAGUAGUAUGUGUAUAUAAUAAUAUAAACUUAUAGUAAUAUGUAUUGUUAAUGAUCGAAUAAUGUGAUGUGUAAACACUAUUCUUGUAACUAAAUGUCUGCACUGCAGAGUCUGCACAGCGUGCCUAAUCGACACGACGCUAUUUAAGAAAAGCAAUAAAUUCAGUAGUUAUUAUUACUUACUCGUGUAAAACCUUGUAUUUAAUCACUCAUUUAAAAUUACAUGACACUUAAAUUAAUGUUCAUUUCUGAUACUGCCAGCAACAAGUUUUUUUUUUCUUCUUCUUUAUAUCAAAGCAGUAGUUAAUAAAAUCAAUUGAAUAAACUGAAAAAUUACAAAAAAUAAAUAACGUUGAUCUUAAUUGGGAAAUAAAAGUGCUUUGUAAAAUUAAAUUCGUAUGGCGUAUUGCGAUAAAAUAAAAAGUAGGUAUUAUAAACUUAAUUUGAAAUGGUUUGAAUUAUACAUGCUAAAUAUAUUUCAUUCUAAUUGGCAACUAUUUUGUGAAUAAUGAGAAAUGAAGAUGAGAAACUGACUGAUUUUAGUACUUAUUGAAUGAAGGACAAUUAACUAAUUGCUAUUCAUGUAAGCACAACUAGAGACAAUUCACAAACUGUCAAAUUGAAAUGUUUUUUAUUCCUUUUAUAUUUAUCUAUUGUAUUAUUAUAAUUCUAAUGUGUGUAGUUAUAUAAAUUUUCUUUUAUAUCCUAUGUUUGUAAUAUUCAAACUUAUUCCCGAUAUCAAUAAAUAUUUUUACACAAAA